CGUGAGUGUGUGUCUGCGUGAAUGUCCUUCAAGAGCCGCUUCAUCAGUGCACUUGGCGGGGGCCGGCCCUCGGUGGACCCUUCUCGCGGCCCGGCCGGUGCCCCUGCUGAAGCUCCCUCCCCGGAGGCGACCACGCUCCCGGGCCGGGAUCCCCUUCACACGGAUUCCCUCGACCCUGGCGUCUAUUUCUGGCUGAACCUCUUCCGCUCCCAGGGCAGCGAGACCAUCAGCCACGCGGACGCAUGUAUUCGCUUCCUGACCACCGAGCCGGCAUUCUCCCCGCCAGGAUCGCCGGUGGCCAGCUCCCCCACCCAGCCGCGCCUCCUGUCGCCCAUCUGCCCACGGGAGGCUUGUCCCUGCCAGGGCCGUGAGCUGGCAUUGCUUUCCAUCAGCCAGUCCUUGCUUGACAAGCCCGGCGACGAAUCCAGCAGUGUGCCCUACUUCCACAUGGUGGGGUUGCUCUUCGACUUGAUGGCCUUCUUCCACAGCUACACAGCCAUCGGCAAUCGCAAUGACCUGCUGAGUGCCGGGGUCUGGCAGUCGACAGCCCUGCUGCCCGGGGCGCCGCCCUCGAUCAGCCUCAACCCGGCACAGCUGAGCGCCGUGUUGGGCUCGCUGCAUGAAUGGAGGGCACGGUGGCCAGACGACCCGACCCCUUUGCGGUCCCUCCCCAACCUGUGGCUGGCCCUCGUGCAAAUGGGCCAAAAGAUCCGCACUCGGAUAGUGGCCCGAUCGCUGGACGAGUCUGUGCCGCUUGCCGAGAGCCUGGUCGGCCUUCGCGCCCUGCUGGUCAUGGGGGUGGCCUCUUUUACUUUGCUGCGGGCGGACUACCCGGCGUCCGGUGGCACCCUCGGUGUUUUGGGCGGGUCGAGCCUCGGUCCGGCCGAGGACCCGUCCCCCGGUCUGGGGUUCCCACCAGUGGUGGCCAUCGACGCGCGCAAUCUCCCUGGCACGCGUCCCUGGGUGGAAACCACGACCGAAGCGCUGGCCGACGUGACAGCCAGCCUGCUGGCACAGUGUCAGGAUGCCGCGGCCGGGCUCUUUUCCCUGGAUGGCGACACACUGCCGAGCGAUGAAGCCGGGCCCUGGUGCUUGGCCGGUUUGCUGGAGCACUUUGAGAUGCUGGCCCUGCUGGUCGGGGUCCUGUGCUCGGUGCACAGCGCCGCCAUCGAUACGCACAUUCGCAUGCCCUCGGCUUUCCCCUUCUCGGCGGCCAUCCUGGAGACCACAACCACCCGGCAAAUCAUUGACGAUUGGCUGGCGCACUCGGCUCAGCCGGGAUUCUUCGCCGCCGAGGUCAUGGACAUGGAGGAGGUCGGGGCCGCGGCGGAGGAGGCCGCCGCGGCCGGGCUGGCCCCGCCGCCUGUGGUCCCGCUCUCGGAGUCGGCCUCCCGGUGGCGGACCUUCCUGUCGGAUUGGGAGGUUCCCUCCUUCCCGGGCGACUCGACCCCUGUGGGGGCCGGGUGCUUCCUCCACCAGAGCCUUCACACGGGCCUGGGCCUGCGGCGCUCCUUCCGCCAUAUUGUUGCUUGUUUGUCCCUCUCGCGCCAGGCCCACACGCUCAUCGGCAAGAUCCUGGCCGUGGCCAUGACUCCCGGACGGGAAUCCCCCCUGACGAGUGACUUCCUAUCGCACGCCCUGCCGCGGUUUGUCAAUGCCCUGCGUCUGAUGACCAUUUACUCACUGGAGGCUGCUGGCAAUCUGACUCUCGAGGCCAUGGAUCCGAAAUACGGCCUGUCGAUGACCUUGCGCCUGUUACGAAUCCUCAUUGCUGGGUCCUCGAAAAUGGGGGACUUCGGGGCCUACCUUUCGACCCCCGGGCCGCUGAACAACCUGCUGGAAGCCAAGCUCUUCUCGCUGGCACACCUGCCGGCCGAGACCCUUGCGGAAUUUUGCACCUGCCCCGGGGCAGGCGGCCCCGAGAAGCUUCGCCAGCAGCAGGUCCAAAGUGGCGACAGUACUCUGGGAUCGCUUUUUGGCGGGUUACGCUCGGUGUUGCUGGAAUCGACGCGACUCAGCCGGGCUGUGGUUCACUUGCCGCCGGAGCUGGUUGCUGCCAGCCCCACAAGCACCCGGAUCAAUGCCACCAUGUUGCCCCUGUCAUUGGAGGCCUUCCUGCUGGCGGCCACAUCGACCUAUGUGCUGAGCUCCUGCUCUCCGUGCUCCCCCGGGCCCAGGCCGGAGGCCACCGCCCGGCCGGACCUGUGCCCGGUCCUGUCGGUGGUCGACCGUUUCAGCAGCUUUGGACCGCUUCCACACCUGUGGGAGCGCUUUGCCCAGUCGCCCAGCUUCCGGGCGGUGCCCGGGUUCGUGCCGAGUGGCCAUGAGUUUUUGUCACGCGUGGACCCGGACUAUCACCCGACAUUGGACUACUUGGCAUCGGCCCUGCGACAGUGUGUCAUCAUGCUGGUCAGCUCGACGGAUCUCCCCUGCCGGCCGCGCUUGGCCAGCGAUCCGCGGUCAUGCGAUUUUGCCGACUGCUCCCGGCGUGGGCUCUACUGCCGGCUGCUCGGUCGCCUGGUCAUCGGGCCGGUGCUUGCGACAUCUGCCCUGAGUCCGGAAGAGUCCCCCCGGGUGGCCGGGAUAGGCGGGCCCUCGGCGGCGGCUUCCUGCUGGCCAUUGGGGUCGCCACCGGCCGGGUCUGGUGGCGACCGUCGGGCUGCCCUGCUGGCUGGGUUUCGCAUUCGCCGGUAUGCGCUGGCCUUCCUCGAAGAAGCGUCACUCGGCUUCCCGAAGGAGCGUGCGGCCAUUGCGUAUCUGUUUGCUCAGAAGCGCCCGAAGUCGCCGGAUGCGCCGUUUCCGCUGAAUUCCUCGCACCGGCUGCCGCGCACUCUCUCGGCCUUCUGGGCGGAUGAUGACAUCAGCCGGGCCAUCGAUACGUCCUUCGCCGAGCUGGAGGCUUUCAAUGCGUCGCUCAUCGGCCUGAGCGCCGGGUCGCAUGCGCCCGGCCGGCGGGAGUCGCCAAAUCUCCACCUCAGUCAUGUUCGGGGUCUCGGGGCCAUGAUGAUGGUGUCCUCGACACUUAUUACCCAGCUUCUCGGGCCGGGGUACUUCCUGGCGGACUUUGGCCUGGCAUGUCAGCUAGAGCGCACGGCGCCGGAGGGCCGGCGAGAGGCAGUCCUCCUGGAGAAGGUCCUGCCCAUGGCGGAGCGCCUGUCCCGACAUGCGGCGCGGCUGUUGCUGCUGCUGCUGAAGAUCCCGCCGCAGCAGCACAUUGGCGUGGGGAAUUUCCGCUUCACCUUUGACGCGCCCCUGCCCACCGGGGCCCCGGAGUCGGCUGUCACCACGGCCGCCCUCCUCCGACCGGUGACCUGCUUCCAUAGUGUCACCGGCUCGGUGACCGAAUACUCCACGCCCGGGCUUCCCCGGAACGCCUCCCCCGGCGAUGCACUUCCCCUCCUUCUUCACAUUUUCCGCCUCCUUCAGCAAUCCAGCUCCGACCCGGCCCACCUCCGCGGACAGUCUCUCAGCUCGUUGACCAGUAACACGGAGCUGGUGACGCGUACUCUCACCCUCCUGGAGAUGGCCCUCCUGUCAUUGGAGUUCCAUGCAGACGAUGUGGUGGACCGCCGCGCGCCGGACGCCGGGCGUGGCCUUGCCCAGGUCCUGCGGUCCCUGUUCUCCGUGUCCCUGAGCCCCCUGGCCGCCGGGGCCGAGGGCGAAACCAUCUUCUCGCAUCUGAUUCGCCUUGCGGCGUCAUGGGCCACGCCGGCCUGGCGCCUGGCCCAGGCUGAUGUUGCCGAUGCCUCGAAGGCUCGAGUCAUGGCAUGGACCGUUCUGCUGACCCUUUGCAGUCCGCAGUUCCUCCCGCGACCCCAGGCGCUGGCCAUGGCAUUGGCAAGUGCCGGUGGCUCGGGCGGCCCGGCCGGCGGCGUGCCCCUCGGCAUCAGCCGCCCGGCCGUCAGCCUGGCAGUGUGCGCAUGUGCCGCGCGUUUGGGCUCGCCCGGGACCGAUUGCCGGUGCGGAGUCCUGGCCGUGUGGCACGCCCUGUCGGACCGGCGGCCGGCGAUGUGCGCCGCUCGGCGGACGCUCCUUAGCCUGGCCAGCGGGCCGCCGGUGGCCAAUCGCUCGCCGACGGCCAGCCACCCGGCGCCCCUGGCAUUUGGCGAUGGCCAGUGCUUCUGCAUGCGUGACCCGGAGGUGGCGGCCGCCGAGGCGGCCAUCGUCACCUCCGGCUCGGCCAGCCUGCCGGCCAGCGAGUCCCCCUGGGUGUGCUGCUUCUUGCAUGUGCCGGCCCGAUCGUCGCCGGGCACGGUGGCCGCCGUGUCCCCGGCCGGGGCCGUGUCGCAUUUGUCUCAGGCCGAGGCCAACGACGCGGCCCUGCUGGCCGCCUUCCUGGUCAAGUGUCUUGCCCAUUCGAACAUCGUGCUGUCUGGGUCGUGCGCGCAGUUGGCUGCCGCGGGCAUUGAGUUGCAGCGGGCACACCGUCGCCACCGGGCCCCGGGCGACCCGGGCAGCGACCAGCCCGGCGAUCGCUACACUCUCCUGCUCGCAUCUGAGCAGUAUGCCACCUUCGGCGUCGGUGUCAUCAGCACCCUGCUUGCGGCCCUUGCUCGACGGGUCCGGCUGGCCCUGAGCACGGUCCAGGACCUGGCGGGUCUGCCACCCGACAGCGCCUCCCUGCAUGAGGUGGUGCAGGAUGUGCUGGCGGCGCAUCGGGUGCUGGGGCUGCUGUCCGGGACCGGCAUGGCCGGGGUUCUUUCCUUCCCGGAAAGUCAGCUGGCCGUCUUGCACUUCCUCCAACGGCAGUAUACCAACCUGCCGGAGGGCGAGGCCAGUCUCCCGGAGGCGGUGAUCCGCCUGCGGGGGUUCCUCCUGGAGGAGUCGCGGACGCUGGACAUUUGCUUCGAGUCCUUCGACUUGCUGCCGUCGCAGUUGGAUGCCAUCCUGCUGGAUCUGGCCCAGGCUGGGUUUGCCCUUUUGCGGGACAGCAUUUUGCCGGCCUCGCGGCAGAUGGCCGCCCGAACGGUCAUCCACCCGAUUGUCGGGGACUUCCUGGCCAAUGGGGACUUCGAGCGGGACCCCAACAGCCUGGAGGCCUCGGUGGCCGCGGUCUUCCAAGCGGCGGGUCUCAUCCCGACCACCGGGCCCGGGGCCGAGAGCCUGCAGCAGGCCCACCUGUCGGCCGGCACUCGCAGCCACACCGGCAAUGGCGGCUCCUCGACCGGGUCGGACCGGCCCGAGUCUGGCGCCUACCAAGCCCAUCGCACUUCCUUCGGGUAUGUCUUCCUGGCGGCGCACCUGGCAGUCCUCUGGUCGCUGGCCCUGCGCCAGGCCCCCACCAGUCGAGCGCUCUUCAUUUCGACGUUCGCCCACUCGGACUGGCAAAAGACCAUGUCCUCAACCGCGUCGUUGGCUCUCCUGGUGAGCAACACGACGCCGGUGGUCCGGCCCUUUGCCGGCCCGGCCCGGGCACUCAAUUGGCUGGCCCGGCAGGUGGGUGCCGGGUUCUUGUACCCGGGGUCCGGCAUGCCGAGCCUCCCCCGGGCCACGACUUGGCCGCUGUGGAAGCUGGCCACCCUGCUGCUGGCAUCGUUCGAGUGUGUCGGGACCAUGGUGAGCACGCCGAUCGCCGGAUCCGGCAGCCCGAGCGCCCCCCUGCAGCCGCAGCAUGGGGCCUUCCGGCGCUUGUGCGCCCUACUGCCCACCUGCCAGGCGGCCAGUGAGCAGCACACCCGUGACGGGGUCAGCUGGAUCCUGGACAUCCUGGAGGUGGUUGUCCCGCACUGUGGCCUCGACAAUGGCGACAUGCACCUGCUUUUGGGGUAUCUCCAGGCAGCCGGCCCGGCAGUCGGCAUGGGCCGCGUGGUGGCCGCGCAGCUGAUGCCCAAGCUGCCGCGCCUUCUCUUCCCCGAGCAAACCCUCUCGACACAUCGCCCGCCGGGGGUGUCCUUCUCGGUGGGCAACCCGCUGGACUUCAGCGGCGGGUUGCUGUUGCCGGCACUGGGCCGGCGGCCGGCCUUCUCGGCCCAGCAGCCCGAUGACCCGGUCUUUGUGGGGGUGGGCUUCUUCCAGCCGGAGGACAUGGACGAUCCGCAAAGCGCCUCCUACUGGUCGGUGGCCUUUUCGGUGUCUUUUUGGGCGCGCUUUGGCAAUCUGGCCCCCUGGCAGCAGGGCCCGGCAGCCACCGGCGGCUCGGGAGAUGGGCUUUCCCCCCCGCGGUCGCGGUCUUUCCACCAGGAUUCCCCCCCGCGUCCGAAUGUUGCCUCGCACGAGUCGCUCACGGUCGACGACGUGCACCUGGCCAAGAUCCUGCUGACAUGCAGCCUGCGAACGACCCGCGUGCUGGUGUCCCUGCGGCAGGAGGAGCCCACCUCGGGCGUCAUGAUCCCCUGUUGCCCGUGUGAUUCGGCCAAUGCCGACACCUGUGGCGGGUGCGGCGGCCCGGCCGGUCGUGGGGUCCGGCAGGUGGCCUGCCCGGCGCGCGGGCUCGGGCACUUUGUGGAGCUGGUCCUGGCACAGCCAUCCGGGCCGCCGGGGGACCGGCUCCCCCUGGGCGGGGCGGUUUUCGCCCUGCGCGUGAGCCACCUCCGACCGACCCCGGGAGCCGGGGCCAGCAGUUCACACUGCCAUGCGUGUCAAGGCCAUGCGCCGGUGGUGCGCUUUUAUGUGCUGGCCAGCGCGGCCACUGUCUUCGCCGGGCGCCUGGUGGCCGAGCCCCGGUCGCAGGGCUUGCUCGACCCGACCCCGGAUGAGGUUCUCAAGUCGGCGCUGGACAGCUGCUGGCUGAAUGUGUCUCUCGGGUUCAUUCGGGUGCCCUCCGGCCGGCCGCUCUCGUGCGAAUUCUACGAUGUCCAGCUGCUGGUCGAUGGGAAGCCCCUGUCAGCCGUGCCAUUCCGCCAGCUGAACACCAUCCCGGAGCACAUCCUGGAAAAUGCCCGCCACCGGCCUCUGGCUGAUGUCCUCUUCCGGCACCUUUCCGACCAGGCGGUUCGCAUCGCGGUGCCGCCCUUUGCCCUGAGUCCGCGUCUGUCGGCCAUCGGCACUCGCGUUACCCCCUUUUCCGCGUGGGGCCCCCUGGGGGCCAUGGCCGACGACACGGCCCCCGGGAUCGGGUCGCUGCUGGCCCAGCGGGCCCUGUUCACUCCGCCGCCGGCGCAGUUUGCCGGCCGGCUCCGGCGCACGGUGGUCCUGCUGGACAUUGGCCCCAUCAGCUGGACCGAUGGCGGGUGCUUCCGCCGGCAGCUGGUCCUCAUGCACAAUCACUCGAUCCCGGCAUCGCACCUGGCCAUCCCCGGGGCCGGGGGCCCGACGGGCGCCGGUGGCAGCGGCACCGGGGCCGGUGCCAGCGGCGGCAGCAGCAUGAUCGGUGGCAUGGCCGGCCUGGGGUCGAGCUCGACCCCGGGCCCCGGGGCUCUGGCCAUCGCGGCCACGGGUGCCGCGCACCCGCGACACUCGAAUUUCGUGUAUGCCGCCAUGUAUGCCCAAAUCCAGGAGCACCUGGCCCGGGCGGCGGCUGGGGCCUUGCAAGGGCGCCAUGCGGCCUCUUCCACCGGGGCAGGGGGUGGCUCUGCCGCCGGUGGCGGUGGCAUCCUGCUUUCCGGGGCAUUUGAGGAAGCCGAGCGGCGCUUCCUGCAUGUGUAUCAUUAUCACCUGGCAUCCAUCAUGGUGGCGGCCAUGCGAACGGCGCAACUCGGCCCGAACAACAUCCUGCGCCUGGACCAGGUCAUCUGCGGGCGCACCCGUGUCGGUCCGGACCUGGCGACCGUGGGCCUGACCGCGGAUGAUGCGUGUGCUGCUGCGGGAGCGGCGCUCCCCCAUGCGGCGGUGGUGCCGGCCCUGUUGGCUGCCCCUGCCGGGCUGCCGGCCACCCAGGGGGCCCUCCUGGCCGGGCUGUCCCCCUCGGUGCCGGAUCUCGGGACGGCCAACGACCCCGGGCCGUUGGCCGGGCCCUCGGCGGCGGAUACCCUCCUUCGGGCUGGUGUACACCCGGCUCACACGGCCUUCGGCUAUUUGUCGACCGACUGCGAUCUGGCCGGGCACAUUGCCCACCUUUACCAGCUUCAGGCCCAGGACCUCCUGCAGGCCAAGGUCGAAGCGCCGGCCACGGUGGCCGAGCUGAUUGCCUUUGCUCGGGCCUCGGCCGAGCCAGACCCCACUGGCCUGGGGUUCGGCAUGUCGGUGGCCCCGGCGAGCGAGGUGGCUCUGCCCCCCGGGCCGCUGGGGAUGGCCGUGCCAUUGGGCCAAUUCACCCCGGCGGUGGCGAUUCCCCACUACCGGCGGCUUGUGGAUCCGGGGCUGACGGUGGCCGCUCCGCCGGUCGGCAAUGUCGAUGCCCCGGAGUCUGGCCACCUGACCGGGGCCCCGGUCACUUGGCGUCUGCUGGACCAGCUGCUUCCGUUGGAUUCGGCCGUGCUGGCCCUGCCGCCGGUGGGGGCGGCCGUCUUUCGAGGCCACGACUCGGGCCGCGGGUCGGGCGCCUCGUCUCCCCGAGCGAGCAACCGGUCGACGGCCAUUCUCCCCCCGGCCGGCCGUUGGGCCGACAUGCUGCGUGUGGGAGCCGAGGAUCUGCCCCAGCUUGGACGCCUGAUGUCGGCGGUGGCGGCGGCGGCCGCCGCCGCCGCUGCCACCACCACCAUUCCCACCGCUCCCGCCAGCGCCACCGCCCCCGCGAGUCCAUCUCGCUCCGGCGCCGGCGCCGGCACCCAGCCCUCGGCCCCCAUGCCGACAAGUGGCGAUGUGCCUGGGGCGCCUGACUCCCCGAAGCUUGGUACCCUGUCGACCGCGCUGGCCACCACCCGGCCGGCGGUGGCCCAGUCGCUCGGCAUGCCGGUUGAUGCGUCGGCCAGCGUGAUCGACAUGCUGGAGCACCGCCCCACCGUCGGGGCGGCCGGGCCUGCCAAGGACCGACACGCCGGGCAUGGGCCGUUGGCCGCGGUGGCGGCCGCCUCCGCUGCCAUGGCCUUUGCCCUGCCGGUGGAUGUGUUCCACGGGUUCGUGCCGGGGUCCGGCCUUCCAACCUGGCCAGCCGACCCAGGGGCGGAUUGCCCGGCCGGCGGCCGGUCGGCCUACCCCAUGCCGGGGCUGGCUCGGCCGCCAAAGGCCGUGCCCCUCAGCCAGGCGCUGGUGGCGGCCGGCGGCUUCGGCGGCCUGGCGGCCACCCUCCAUCGGCUGGUAGACCAUGCGGUUGAGGUCCAUGGCGAUCCGGAGCUCCAUCACCUGCGAGCCCUGGCCCUCGACAUGGUCAAGCAGUUUGUGGAGCUGGUGCAGCGUCUGUCGCGCGGGCCGCUGGCCAUCGAUUCGCUCAAUCGCAGCUGGAACCGCCACGGAUUGGGCAUCGCCGAAACGCGCACCGUCUCGCUGAUGGACCUCCCGGAGCGGCGACUCUUCCUGUCAGCGGCCCCGGUGGGCGGUCUGCAGGCGCACUUCCUGGGUGCCCUUCGCCAGGCGGUAUUGCGCUUGCCGGCCAACUGCUCCCUCUCCUUCCUGACUCUGUCGUCUCACCUGCCGCACCACCACCACCACCCGCCACAGCAGCCGCAGCAGCAGCCCAGCCCAGGGCAAUCCUCCCUGAUGCAGCCGCAGCAGCAGCAGCAGCAGCAGCACCUCCAGCAGAAGGCCUUCUGGCCCAAUUCGCUGGUGCCCGACCCGGAAUUCCUGGCACUCGCUCGCGCCGCGCCGGCUGGCAGCCUGACCCCCCCGCAGGGCCGACUGGUGCUCUCGCCGCCGGGGCUGGCCCUGGCCCUGGCCUGGCUGACGCAGCAUUGCCGGGCGCUUGCCAGUGAUUUGGCCAGCAUCGGGCGCAUGCGUUCGGCCAGGGGGUUCCUCCAGCGGGAGGGGCUGGCAUCGAUCAUGGCAUCCACCGAGGCGGCCGCCACUGUGGACCCGGUGCGGCGCCUGUUCGGGCGCUUUGUCCACCUGUCGCCGCUGGUCGAUGGGCGCCUGUUGCAUUCGCGCCUGCAGCCGGCCCUGGAGCAGCGCAACCACCAGGCCGGCAUCCAUGAGUCUCCCCAUCUUUGGAGUCGAUCUGAGCCACACCUGCCGGCAGUGGGCAUGGAGUCCGACGCCACGGGCCCCGGGGCUGGCUCCGCUGCCCCUGACGCCGCUGCCGCCGCCGCCGCCGCCGCCGCCGCCGCCGCCGCCACCAGCACCAGCACCAGCACCCCCACUCCUGCCACUGGCAACACCGAGGAUGGUCCGGAAUCCGGGGCUUCGGCCAGGGCGUCCGCCCCCCCCUCGCCGCCUGGAGCCAUUCCGGCCUCGCGCAUUGCCCUGGCACAGGAGGUGGCUCGCUUGCACUUGGCCGGUGAGCCCCACGCCCUUGGGACAUUCACCUUUUCCACCAUGCGCAUCUUGCAGACCAUGGCCGUGGCUGGUGUGCUGGUAGUGCGGGACACCUUCCAACGCUGCCCCCCCCGGGCGUCCAUGUAUGAUGGGAUCCAGGCGAUGGGCUCGGCGCGGCAAGCCCCGGCAGCCGGCGCCCCUGGCUCGCCCAGCCUGGGCACCGGUGCAUCUGGCGGCACCGCGGCCAGCCCCACCGCGCCCGGGGCCGCGGCGGCCAGCGAGUUUUGGAUUAUCUUCGUGCCGGUCCCCGGGCCCAAGGCCAUCCGGCAGCCCGAUAGCACGGAAUUCCACUAUGGCCAUGCCCAGGGCCCGGGCGCCGGGUCUGGCCUGCAGAAUUGGUUCUCCCUCAAGCGCCGGACCACGGCCGCGCCCACCGAGGCCGUGGUCCUGGGGCACGAUCUGGACUCGAUCACUGCCCUGACUUCGGCCUGCCAGGCCAGCGGCAACCGUUCCAAGGCCCUCAAGCUGUACCAUUCGUACCUGCAUGAGCUGUGCCACUUUGUUCAGGAGGAAACCGACGACUCGGCCGGCUCCAGCCGGCGGUCGUCGCGCUUGCACUCGCCCUCUUCGUCCCAAUCGCAGCACCGUUUGACCGAUGAGCAGAUUCUCCACACGCUCGACCCGAAUGCCCUUUCGCCGGUCAGCUGGACCACAAGCUCCCUGGACUUCAUCCGGUAUCGCCGGCAUCUGGUCCGGCAUACGGGGCUGGAGUUUUCGUCGCAGGGUCGGCUCUUCUUCUUCGUCUUCCAGGACACCCGCGCGCGGUCGCUCUUCGUCCGGUCGCUGGCCCUGCAGGGCGUCUUGGCCACGAUGCCCGGGGCCAGGUCUCUCUUCCCGGCCCCCUCGGCCUCGGCCGGCUGGCGGUGGUCCUACUCCACGGUGGCCAUCAGUGCCGUGACGUUGAACUCCCUCCGAGGCCAGACGGCCGGCACCGGUGGCAUCCCCUCGAUCAUGGGCCCGGUGGCGGCCCAACAGCCCCUGCUACCGGCGCCGGGUGCGCAUCUCCGAUCGCACUCCCUGACCUUCGGGCAGCUGGCCCCCCCGAUGGCCGGCCCGGGCCCUGGCGGGGACUUCGCCACCGGCGGCAGUCUCCGCCUGACUGCCAGCGAGGCCAGCCGUUUCAGUGCGCCCCCGGUCUCCGGCCGGCCGGCCCCGGUGAUCGCGGCGACCGCCCCCUCGGUCGGGGUGCCGCUCGGCUUCAAGUCCCCAGCCGAGGAGGUUGCCAGCUCCCUGUCCAAGGCCGUGACGGCCGCGUGGCAGCGCCAUGAGAUUUCCAACUUCGAUUACCUCAUGUACCUGAACCAUGUGUCCGGUCGGACCACCUCCGACCUGGCCCAAUACCCGAUCUUCCCCUGGGUGUUGGUGGACUACACCAGCCAGCGGCUGGAUCUGAGCUCGCGCGCGGUUUUCCGCGAUCUGACCAAGCCCAUCGGCGCGCUGAACCGCGCGCGCCUCGACAACCUUGUCGAUCGCUUCGAGCAAAUGAAACACAUGGCCCAGCCCGGGGCCGAUCCCUUCGACUUCAGCUUCACGCCCUUCCUCUAUGGGAGCCAUUAUAGCUCGCCCGGAGCGGUGCUCUUCUAUUUGGUCCGCCAGGAGCCCUUCAGCACGUUGGCUGCCCAGCUCCAGGGCGGAUCCUUCGACCAUGCGGAUCGCAUGUUCCACUCGAUUGCCGACUGCUUCUCCGGGCUGCUCAACGCGCCGACCGACUUCAAGGAGCUCAUCCCGGAGUUCUUCUACUCGCCGCACUUCCUGCGCAAUGCCAAUGGCCACCAGCUGGGCCGGACCCAGGCCGGUGUCACUCUCGGCGAUGUCGUGCUGCCCCCCUGGGCUCGGACGCCGGAAGAGUUCAUCCGCAUCCACCGGAUGGCCCUGGAAUCGCCGUUUGUCUCGCGCGAGCUCAACCAUUGGAUCGACCUCAUCUGGGGCUGCAACCAGUUUGGCGACAAUGCCGUGCGCACGCACAAUGUCUUCCACCCGAACUGCUACGAGCAGUCUUUCCCCCUGCAGCAUGGCCGGCUCCUGGUGCCGAGCUCCAUCUCCUCGCAGAUUCUGCACUUCGGCCAAGCCCCCUCCCAGCUGUGGGCCAGCCAGCCCCACCCGCAGCGCCACCCGCCAGUCAUGCCAUACUCCUACUUGGAGGCUGAUCUGGCCGGGUCGCUGAGCAGGCUGUCUCUCAACCAGAGCCUGCAAUCCCAAUUGAGCAUCUCCCUGACGGCCGAGAGCACGCACUACGCCGGGGCGGACUUUUCGCACCUGUUCUUCCGCGCCGGCGGCCCGCGGCCCGGCCUCUAUGCCAUCAACGCGCGUGAGCAUACCCUGCUGUACUUCCCGCGCCUGUCUCCGGAAGUCCACACUGCGGGUGCUCCGGCCGGGCCCGGCAACGGGGCCUUUGCCACUGAGCGCUCGCGCCCGGUGGUGGUCAUGCCCCUCAGCCGGCCGCUCGCGCUGGAUGUCACGCUCCCGGCGCUGGCCAUGGCGGCAGCCGACUGUGGGACCGCCGCCACCGCGGCCGCCACCAUCCCCGGGGCCGACCCCCUUUCACGGAUUUACACCACCUCCGGCGAUGGGCGCUUCGUCUUCCUGGCCGGCAAUCCCGACGGCCGGGUGGGGGUCUUCGAUGUGGAUACCGAAUCGCAGACCAGCCUGACCACGCUGCAUUUGGGCCCGGUUACCGUGUUGGCCAGCGACUUCGAGGGCCGACACCUGGCCACUUUCUCGCCAGCCGACGCGACAGUCAUCCACCGAGUGAUCAAUCCACUGGCCAGCGGGUGUCUGCCCAGUGGGGCGCAUUUGACUGGCCGCACCACGGUGACCCCCUUUGCUGUGGAUUUCCAUCCCGAUGUGCAGACUGGCCUCGUGGCCCUGGCUGCCCUUGGCACCGGCGGCCCGGGCCUGGGGCCGCCGCCCGACAACGACCCCCUGGCCGGCGUGCACCUUAGCCCGGAUGGGGAGUUCUGCCUGCACGUGUGGACCUCCGGCCGGACGGCUGUCAUCCAGCGUUCCGAGUCGCAGCUGCCCCUGUGGUCGCACGGCCCGAUCCUGCGCGUGUCGGCCGAGUGUCGGGUCUUGCCACACCCGGAUCUCCUGCCGGCGGAUGACCCCGGCGCGGAGGUCGAGGUGCGCGUGGUUGAUGGCCACAUCCUGCGCGAUGGGGCGGCCGUGCUUUUGUCAUGUUCGCUCGGGGCCUCGGCCGCCACCGGGCCGCCCUCCUGGUAUUUGCACCUGGUGGACCCGCUCGGGGCCGAGCGCGGGGUCAUGCGCCUGCCCCCGGCCCCGGGCCGGCCGCGGCUGGCCGUCUGGCCCCUGGACUCGGCCAAUUCGCUGCUGGCGGUGCACUUGCCCCCGGCAGCGGCCGGCGGUGCUCAGCCCCACAGCCCGACGCAAGUGCGUCUGCUCCAUGCCGGCCCGGCUGGCCUGUCGCUGGUGGAUGCAUUGGCCGAGCCUCAGGCCCUGGCCUCCCCGCAAGGGGACUUCCCUCUGGGCUCCACCAUGCGUAUUGGACCCUCCUCCUCUUCAUCCUCGUCGCCUCUCUGGGUGGACACCGACUUCGGCGAUGGGCACCCUCUGGCCGAGGAGCCCUUGUCCCCCUCGACCAUCGGUGCCGAUGAUGGUGAUGAUGGCGAUGGGGGUGAUGGGGGUGAUGGUGCCAAUGACCUUGGGCCGGGCGCCAGGUCGGCACCAGCCCCCGGGGUCCGGUGCAGCUUGGCGUUUGUCCCGCCCUUCGCCGUGCAGCCAAGCGUCGCGGCCAAUGGCCCGCUGGACCCGCCGGCGCUCAUCGACUACACCUUCGGUGCACUGGGUCCGGCGGCCCUUCGCCAGGCUCAGCUCUUUGGCCUGCCGCCCGACAUCAAUACCGGAGCCGCGACCCAGGCCCACCGCCCAUCCAGUCGGACCUCCUUCCUCCGAGCGCACUAUCCCCUCCCUUGGGCCAACCUGCCCGUGGGUUUGCUGUUGAAUGUCCCCGGCCGGGCCAUCUACCUCUUCAAUCUGCAUGCUCUGAAUUCCAGCCUCCUGCUGUCACUCUCGACCAUGUGGUGA